AUAAACUGAAAAUGAGUCUAGUAUGAUUCGUUUAUGAAAUAUAUUAGGGCAGAAUAUAUUGUAAAACAGAAUGUCUGCCUUUCUGAUAAUCUGCCGCCGUAGCUUUAUGUCGUUCAACUGGAGAGCUGGUGGGUCAUAUACACGCCAGACGAGCGCGUUAAUACCGUGUGUGUGUUCUUAUGCUCUAAACGGACCCCGAGGCAGCAAUCAGGGGACACUGGCGCUUAUACACAAACCGUCAUUUGUACAGUCUCGUUGUAUUUAUAACAGCAGAAUCGUGCCGCCGUUUUGCCUCAGUUGGACAGGAAGGGAUUUAUGUUGUUAUAAGAAAUUCUCAACUUCUCCGUGUACCAGGAGCGAUGCAGUGGGACAGAUCAAGCCCACCCACUAUCACUUAGUUUACACAUGUAAGGUGUGCUCGACUCGUUCUAUGAAAAAGAUAUCUAAAGCUGCCUACCACAAAGGCGUUGUCAUAGUAACCUGUCCCGGGUGCAAGAAUCACCACAUUAUAGCUGAUAAUCUGGGCUGGUUCUCAGAUCUGGAGGGAAAGCGGAACAUAGAGGAGAUUCUGGCCGCUAAAGGGGAGUCUGUGAGAAGAGUCGAAGGAGAUACUGCCAUAGAGAUUAUUGCAGAAGAGACUGUGAAAGAAGCAAUCCAAAACACCACACAAGAUGAUCAAUCCGUUACUCCAGAUGAAGGUCCUGAAAAGUCAUAAUAAAUAACACAGGA